AUGGUCGAGGUACACUCAGCUGGUCGCCCGCACACGUGGCCUGCGGCCAGACGAUGGCCGUUGCAAUCCAACGGCCGGGCCGGGCUUCGAGCUGAGAGUGAGAGGCUACCGCCGCCGCCGUUGUACUCGUGCAAGCAUACGACCCGCCCACGGCCCCACUACCGUGUCGUCUUCCAGCCGCUUCCAAAACCCGAGAGAGGCGGCCACGCCGGCGCGUCCCCGCCCCGCCGCGUGUACCGGCGCCGCGACACCCGCCACCGCGAGCUCACCAACCAGAAGCAUCCGCCAACCCCGGAGUCAUCCCUUCCGUUCCCAAAUCACGAGCCAACAACACUCUCCCCGCACACUACAGCGGCAGCUCGUCGCCGGCCGGUCCGCCGCCAUGUACAUGGCAUCCUGAGCCGCCGCCGCCGCGCGGCCGCGGUGCAGCGCUACUGGCGCCCCUCUUCGUCCGCCCUUCAGUCCCGCUCGGCGGCGACGGCGGCCGCUGCCGCGGAGCACCUGGAGGCGCCGGCCCGCCGGAAGGCCGGCGGCGGCGGGCUCCCCCGCGGCGACUACGUGCCGGUGUACGUGGCGUUGGGCCUGAUCGCGCUGUCGGCGGCGCUGGGGCUGCACACGGCGCGGCAGCAGCUGGCGCACGCGCCCAACGUGUCCGUCGACAAGAAGAAGCGCGAGGCGGUGCCGGAGGUGGCGCUCGACGAGGCCGAGCGCUACGUGUGGAGGUCGCUCUUCCGCAAGGUCGCGCACGUGCAGGACGACCGCAGCCUCGCCGCCGGCCUCGCCGACCCCGUCGCCGAGUACCCGACGAAGAAGGCGGUGACGCUCAAGGACGUGGGCGUGGAGACGCCGGGGAUCGAGCAGAGCAGGGAGGGCAUCGUCGGCAGGAUCUUCAAGAAGAACCACGCUUAGAUUUGAGCAGCGACGGGGCUUGAUUGUACUUGGCUGCUUGUUGAUGAUCUGCUUGUUGGAUCCAUGGGGUUUGCUGCUGUCAUUUAGUGCUGUACUAGUUUGGGAGUCAAAUCGGCUGUACUUUUUGGAGGUCGAUCGAUGUGUGUUAUAACUCACAUGGAUGUACAUAGUCAGAGAACACUCUGCUUUCUCAAAUGAAAUAAGCUAAAUAUCGCAACGUGCCCUCAUCAUGUAAAGAAAUCUUCACCACGGAGCAUCCGGGGAUGUGUCCAUCAGUAAAAACGGGUGUUCGAAGAACAA